GUCAAGUAAGGCAGCGCACUCGAAGAACAUGAAAUCCGCGCACGAGCAAAGCGAAUCACGCAUGUGAGUCGCUCUUUCGGGAGCACUGAGGCACGAAGCGCGCGCAUGUCAUUCCCAGCGCGCACGAGCCGCCACGCACACAUCAGAGCGCGCGGCGAGGGGUGGUUGCGCAUUUGAGGCUCUCUUUUGGGAGCCGUUGCACGGCAGUCACAGCGGAGGGCAGCCGCGCCCCUCGUCCGAUGACACAUCACAGCGCCUCCAGCUGCUCCUAGUCCAUCCACGCCGCGCCGCGCAUCGCAGGCCGCGAUGGACGCUGCGGCGGAACGCGGGGAGCUCAGCGACGCGGUGCCACCGCUGCAGCACCUGUGCCUGCGAGCCGCCCUCAGCAGCGCCACGUGGCAGCGCCAGCCGCGGUCGCUCGAGCGGCUGCCGUCUCCGCUGGCCUCCGCGCUGUUGGCGGGGCUGCUCGCUGCGGGCCACAUGACGCCGCCGCUGCUAGAGCUCUUCGCCCCUUCAGCGGACCACGUCGACCUCUCCUGCCCGCCCCUCGCCGCCUCUCCCUCUUCGCACGCCCUAUCGCCACACUCUCCCCUGCACGACUCGCCUCUCGCACCCGCUCUCACCCCCCUCCCCAACCCUGCUUCUCCCUACCUUCCCUCACCAAGCCCUCUUCUCUCCUCCUCCCAUCCUUUCUCCCCGCCUCCCUCUGCUGCUGUCACCCUCUCGCCUCCUCUCUACGCCCUGCCCCCCGGCCAAUCCAUAGACACCACGUGGCUUGCCUACCUGGCAGAUUUCUGCUGCCUUCGCUCCCUCCGCCUCGACAACUGUCGCCUCGUCAACGACUCGGCUCUCAGCAUGCUUUCGGCCCUGCACGGCUUGGAGCAUCUGAGUCUCACCGACUGCCCUCUCCUCACUGCCGCUAGUCUGGCAUCCAUUCUGCCGCCCUGCCUGCCCUCCCUCCGCGCCUGCUGCCUGUCAGGCACGGCUGUGGGCGUGGGGGAGGGCGGGGGGGAAGGGGGGGUUGCAGGAGGGGGCAGUGAGCAGUGGGGUGUUGCAGUGAAGGGCAGGCGCAGAAGCAAGGGCAGCAGGGCCGGUAGCAGUGCUGCCAGUGGUGGCGGCAUGGCAGCAGCAGGUGCUCCCUCCAAUGCGGCACCCACCGCUGCUGCAGAUGGCGUGCCCGCCGUGCCCUCAUCCCCGUCCGUCAUCUCGCUGCUCGCCCGCGCCCCGCACCUCACGCACCUGGAGCUGGGCGGCAUGCACCAUGCGCUGGAUGACAGUGCCUUUAGAAAGCUCACGUCCCUCAUCCACCUGCGCCACCUGGACAUGUGGGGUAGCAGCAUCACCGACGCCUCCGCCCCGCUCCUCCUCGCCUUCCCUCGCCUGCUCUCCGCCAACCUCUCCUGGACCGCCCUCUCCCAUGUGCCCGCCCACCCCUCCCUCGCCUCCCUCCACCUUUCUCACUGCUCCCUCCUCUCCAUCGGUUAUCCCAUUCCUUCCUCCUCUUCCUCUCCCUCCUCCUCAUCUCCCUCCUCCUCUCAAUCUGCCUCUCCAUCCUCCUCCCCACUCACUCAUCUCGUUCUCUCGGGGUCGUCCAUCGCUCCGCCCUCCUCUCUCUUCCCGCCUCACCUCCUGGCCUCGAUCACUCACCUCGACAUCUCCCACUCACGUGGCGCCACUCCCCCUCCUCCUCCUUCCCACACCCCAUCGCACCCCUCUCUCCCCCCGCCCCCUCACGGCCCCCCUUGCGGGCUGCUGUGGCUGCUGCCUGCCGUGUCCCUCACGCACCUGGACCUCGCCUCUGCCGCCAUCUCAGACACGCUGCUGCUGCACCUCGCGCACUCCGUCCCUCACACCGCACUGCCUCCAGGCACCACCACGCAUGCAGCAACCAGCAGCAACACUGCUACCUCCGCCACCACCACCAUCACUCCCAGUGCCAGCACCAGCCUCACUCCCUGCCACACUUUCCCCUGGCAGCACCUGUCGCUGGCGUCCUCCCCGGACCUCACCUCCCGCGGCCUGGCAGCGCUGCUGCCCCUGGCCCCUCGCCUUGUGUCGCUCUCCCUCGCCCAUACCGCUGCUUCCAACGCCUGCCUGCCCCUCCUCGCCUCCCUGCCGCUCCUCUCCUCCCUCUGCCUUGACGGAUGUCCCAUCUCAGGCGGCACAUCGGAUGACGGCAUGGAGGAUGGCGACGAGGAGGAGGACGAGGAGGAGUACCUCUUGAGGCAGCACCUCGCAGGGUUGUACGCACCAACACCGCUACCAUCAGCAGCAGCAUCAGCGGUGGCGGAGGGUGGUUUGGCGCUGCUCGCUUCCCUACCGCUCCUCACCGCUCUCAGCCUGCUGGCGACGCCCCUCUCAACACACGGCAUGCUGCGCCUGCGCCAUCUCACCUACCUGCACUCUCUCUCCCUCUCCUCCACUGCCCUCAGCCCCCGCCGCUUCGUCUCCCUCCUUGCCUUCUGUCCAUGCCGCCACCUGCUGCUCUCCUCGCCGCACAUCACCGCCCACCACCUCCCCUCCCUCCGCCUGCACCCCUCAGUGCGCCUCCUCGACGCCUCCCUCCUCCCCGCCUUUCCCCCCCCCCACGCCACCACCCUGGCCAGUCAGCUGGCGCCACGCAUCACUGUGGUGCACGCCUUUGACAGGGGGAGCAGCUCUGGGCUGUGGGUGCUGCAGCAGCGAGCGGGAGAGGGGAAGGGGCCACGCAGGGGAAGAGGGCAGGAGAGUAGAGGACGAGAAGGGAUGGUAGAACGAGGGCAGGGGGGAGGAGCGGAGGGAGGGGAGUGGAAGGAGGGGCCGCGGGGGCAAGGAGGGCAGAGGGAGGAGGGUGCAGGUAGCAGCGAUGGGAAGGGGGAGUCAUUUCACAGAGGUGGGGGGAAACGGUCAGCUCACUCCAAUGGGGAUGAGAGGCGCAGGUUCUCCCGGGCUGAGCUCAAUUCUCUGCGCCGUGCUGCACAGGCGCUGCAGCUGCCUGUGCCAUUGCCACUGCCGUUAUCCCGCAACCAGCCAUGGAGGUUUAGUAUUCUGUAGCGUUGCAAGAGCUGCGGCGUUGUCUCAAUCUGGUGCUGUGUUUAUGGGAUGGGAGGCAUUGCCAUUUUCUCCCAUUCUUUCCUUGGAAGUGUUUCAGCGCCAUUGAAGUGCUACCAGCUUCUUGUGUGAUUCGAGUAGACUUUCAAAGCAACGACAGCACCACCCUCUACACAACUUCUGUUGCCUGCAGUGUCUAUAGCGCACAUCGCUUCUUGCAACAUUCAUCACCCCACGCUUUUUUUUCAUGUGACGCGUUAUAAAUGGCUACAACACAU